UAGUGGUUUUUCAGGGCUAGCUGAUAGAAUCAGGGAGAAUCCAAAUUCGCAUCUGGCAACACUACAGCAAACCUAUACAGAAUUUGCACCGCAGAAAACCGUGGUUUUUUUUCUUCGAUCGGCCAGAAAAAGCAAUAUAAUAAUUAUAAAACCACUAUAAUAGUUGCGAGAGUGAAGUCCCAGAUAGUUUUAAAACAGAAGCAACACCCUUGAACGGAGCACCGGAAGAGAGCCCAUGAGUAUUCAUCGAGACGGAGCCGGAGCCGAACUCGAUCGCAUCACAGUCAAAAUCCACAACAUGAAGCGCAGCGCAUCGCGCUCUCCUCCGCCGGGCAGAAGCAGCUUAUCCCGCACUUCGCGAAGCAUGGGCCGUGGCUACGACAACGGCAGCGGAGUUCCCGGCGAUUCCCCUGAACGCCUCUCGCCGGAGCGCAUGAGGCGUCGCCUGGACCGCUCUCCCAGUCCACGUGGAAGGUAUGGAUCGCCUCAUCGUGAGCCCUACAUGCGUGGCCCUCCGGCUGAGCGCCCAGCCGGCUACAAGGUACUAUGUGUCAGUGCCCUGCCGCCAAAGGCUCCAGACGAGUUCAUUGAGGAGACACUGUACCGGGAGUACAAGAAGUUCGGUGACUUUAGCGUGCGUUUGGCCCAUGACUUGGAGGAGAGGGUGGCGUACGUUUGUUUCCGGACCCCCGAAGAUGCCCGAGAAGCCAAGCAUCACAAGCCGCGUCUGAUCAUCUACGAUAAGAUGGCCAUUGUGGAGCCGGUGUACAAGUCUACUUCUAGGCCGGAGUACAGGCCCCGUGGUCAUUCAAUCUCGCCACCGGACUACGAACGCUAUCACUACUCUCGUUCCCCCAUGGGACCGGGGGUGCCAUUGGACCACCGUCGCCCCAUCGAUCCCUACGACCGCUACGGUCCUCCUCAUAUGCACCCACACGCAGUGCAUCCGCGCGACUACCGACCACUGCACCACGAAUAUCCCCAUCCACCGCGCGGUCCUCCACUGCACCGCGGACAUCCCCACCAUAUGCAUGGCCAUCCGCCGCCCCACGCUCAGUAUGCCCCAAUGAGGCCGUUGGCUCCGAGGCCACAUGCUCCCUACGAAAAGCCGGAAAGCAAGAAGGACAAGUUUCCCAACUACUUGCACCACGUCCAACCCGAGGACGAUCCCCUGUCCACACGCACCCUCUUCGCGGGCAAUCUUGAGGUGACCAUCGCCGACGACGAGUUGCGACGCAUCUUUGGAAAGUACGGAGUGGUGGACGACAUUGAUAUCAAGCGACCGCCACCUGGCACAGGCAAUGCCUUCGCCUUUGUGCGUUAUCAGAACCUGGACAUGGCCCAUCGCGCCAAGAUCGAGCUGUCUGGCCAGUACAUUGGAAAGUUUCAGUGCAAGAUCGGCUACGGCAAGGUGACCCCCGCCACCCGCAUUUGGGUGGGAGGCUUGGGGGCUUGGACCUCCGUCACCCAGUUGGAGAGAGAAUUCGACCGCUUCGGGGUCAUUAAGAAGAUCGAAUACCAAAAGGGAGAACCCUACGCAUACAUUCAGUACGAGACAGUGGAGGCAGCAACAGCAGCCGUGAAAGAGAUGCGUGGCUUCCCCCUCGGCGGCCCAGAGCGUCGUCUGCGAACCGACUUUGCCGAGCUGCCUGGAGCCACUCCAGCGGCUCCCUUCAAGAGCUCCAAGCCGCCAUAUGAUGAAAGCGCUUUGGAGUACAGACGUCCAGAAUACGAUCCCUACUACGAAGAAGCCGCUGUCUAUGCUCCUCGGGGGGGAUACUCUCCAUAUCCUCCGCGCGGUGGCUACCGAGGACGUGGCGGAUAUCGCGGCAGGGGACGCGGAAUGUACCAUUACCACAACGACGUUCACAGACCACCCCACCCAAGCUCCUUGGGCGGUUCCUCAUCAUCGGUACCGCCACCGGGUGGAGUUGAAGACGAGUGGCGACGUCCACCGGGAGAAUCCUACGAAAGAGGAGCUCGUUCAACCUCGCGGGAGCCGGGAGUGGAGCGGUCCCGGUCGCGAUCACCUCUGAAGAGGGCCCGCUCGCCCGGCUCCGACUCUGACACAUCGACACGCCGCAAUGAUGCCCUCGGGACCGCCAGCACAGUCCCAGAAGUGGCACGCAAAUGCAGCACCAUUUGGACUGGUGCCCUAAUCCUCAAGAGCUCCUUGUUCCCAGCCAAAUUCCACCUGACGGACGGCGACACAGAUAUAGUUGAGUCCCUGAUGCGAGACGAGGAGGGUAAGCAUAACCUUCGCAUAACGCAGCGCCUCCGCCUGGAUCCACCCAAACUGGACGAUGUGCAGAAGCGGAUAGCGUCCUCCUCGUCGCACGCCAUCUUCAUGGGCCUGGCCGGGUCGACGGUCGAGACCAACUGCGACGACGCCAGUGUGCAGACGCGCCCGCUGAGAAACUUGGUCUCGUACUUGAAGCAAAAGGAGGCGGCCGGUGUCAUCUCGCUGCUCAACAAAGAGACGGAGGCCACCGGCGUGCUGUACGCCUUCCCGCCCUGUGAUUUCUCCACAGAGCUGCUGAAGCGCACCUGCCACAGCCUGACGGAGGAGGGGCUCAAGGAGGACCACCUGGUCAUCGUGGUGGUGCGAGGCGGCACGGCCUAAGAGAAGCGAAUGAAGAUGUAGAGGCGUUGCUGGACAAACUGGAGGUAAUGAUUGGCCACAGUGCUCACGGAAAGAAUCCGCCACAACUAACUAAUAACAAGUAGUAUCUAGAUGAGCCUCCCAACUAAAGAGAGUUGGAGAUGGAGGUGUGAUGGGGUUUGAGGAGACGCAUGUACAUGCAAGGGUCGUGUACAUGAUGGAUCCCCCCAAACAGCAGACACACUCGCACAUAAACGCAAUACCAUUCACGCACACAGAGUCACAGAUAAGAACCGAGGAGACAUCACCCAUGACCAUGCCAUCACCACUGACCAAAAUCCGUAUUAACCUUUAACUAUUGUUCUUUUACAGACAGGAUCUCUUCUGUAUAUGGUUUCAUUUAAAGUUCUUGAUGUGUGUUAGUGACAGUGAAGUUUAUAAUUCUAUGCCCACAAUAUUAUAUAUAUUAUAUAUUUAAAUUUUUCCAACAUUUGUGCAAAAAAAACAAAAAGAAAAGUUUUCAAACUCAAGUAACAAGUUUUUCCCAAGUUUUGUAUCCAAAGCUUUUCCGCAUGAUUCUCUAUUUUAUUAUGUUAAAGUGUAAAAUUGUAAAAAAAAGAAAAACAAAACCAAAAUGAUGAAAGAAAUACUUUAUUCUCAAUUAUGAUCCAAAAACGAGUGUGC